AUGGCCGCCCCUGAGAUCCCCAAGAAACAAAAGGCCGCCAUCUAUGACAACCCCGGCACUGUGUCCACCAAGGUCGUGGAGAUCGACGUCCCUGAGCCUGGGCCGGGCGAAGUGCUGAUCAACCUGACCCAUUCGGGUGUGUGCCACUCAGACUAUGGCAUCAUGGCAAACAACGUACGUCAGUGGAAAAUGCUCCCAUAUCCUACCCAGCCCGGUCAGGUCGGCGGCCACGAGGGUGUCGGUAAGAUUGUCAAAUUCGGCCCUGGCGCCGAGACCUCGGGUCUGAAGAUCGGCGACAGAGUGGGCAUCAAGUGGCUUGCCAGUGCUUGUGGUAACUGCCAACCCUGUCAAGCGGGCUCCGACGGGCUCUGCUUCUCGCAAAAGGUUUCCGGGUACUACGCCCCCGGCACAUUCCAGCAGUACGCUCUGGGCCCAGCCAACUAUGUGACGCCGAUUCCAGACGGGCUCGCCUCCGACGAGGCGGCGCCCAUGCUCUGCGCAGGUGUCACCGUCUACGCAGCGCUGAAGCGCAGCAACGCACGCCCAGGCCAGUGGGUCGCCAUCUCCGGCGCAGGCGGCGGGCUGGGCCACAUCGCCGUGCAGCUGGCGAGCAAGGGGAUGGGGCUGCGGGUGAUUGGGGUGGACCACGGCAGCAAGGCGGAGCUGGUCAAGGCAUCUGGGGCGGAACAUUUCGUCGACAUCACGAAGUUCCCCAUGGACGACAACGGCGAGGCCAUCGCCAACCACGUCAAGUCGCUGGCCGACGGACUGGGCGUGCAUGCUACCGUCGUGUGCACUGCGUCCAAUGCCGCAUACGCGCAGUCACUGCAGUUCCUGCGCUUCAACGGCACCCUUGUGUGCGUUGGCAUUCCCGAGAACGACCCCAAGCCUAUCGCCACUGCAUUUCCCUCCGCCAUGAUUGGCAAGCAUUAUACCAUCACCGGAUCGGCAGUCGGCAACCGGCGAGAGGCGAUUGAGACAUUGGAGUUUGCGCGGCGCGGCAUCAUCAAAGCGCAUUUCCGGACGGAGAAGAUGGAAGCCCUGACGGGUGUCUUCCAGGAGAUGGAGAAGGGUACGUUGCAGGGAAGAGUCGUUCUUGACCUGUCUUAG